AUGGCUCGGUCAAGUGUGCCAAAGUUUGGCAACUGGGAAAAUGAUGACAACGUCCCUUACACAGUCUACUUCGACAAGGCCAGAAAAAAUCGAGGUGGUGGAAAAGUCAUAAAUCCAAACGACCCCCAAGAAAAUCCAGACAUGUUCCCUACCAACGAUCCUUCCUCCAAAUCAAGAACCAAAUCGGACGAGCCAAUUGGGCCGGAAGGCCCUGAACACAGAACAACAAGUAAAGAGGACAACGAUCUGAAGCGGUUCACCAAUUCCCCAGCUCGGGUUGAGAACAUGGGCCAGAGGUCCACGAACGAGUCGAGCUAUGGCGGGCGGGCUCAGAGGGCUGGCCGGCCUACAAGGCGCAGUGAAGGGUCCGAGCAAGGCUUUGAGCGUUCGCCACUUCACCCGCAUUAUCAGGCCAAAGUGACGGGGAGAGUGAGUGGGAGUGGGUCCCCUUCUUGGGAAGGAAAGAACCAUGAUAGUAGUCAUGGUACACCUGGACGAUCUCGCCUGAAGCCAACCUCUAGAGGGGAUGAAAGUCCUGAAAAAGGUGCUGCCAUCCCAAAAUUUGGUGAAUGGGAUGAAAGUGACCCUCAAGCAGCAGAAAAUUUCACUCACAUUUUUAACAAGGUUCGAGAACAAAGGAAUACUGGGCCAACUAAUGUUUCAGGCACACCAAAGCAUCCAUCCUAUGGUGCACGCCCUCAACAAUCCAAAGAACCUAAGAAUUGUUUCUGUUUUUCCUGGUAG